UAUAUGUAUAUAUGUAUAUAUGUAUAUGUAUAUAUAUAUAUAUAUAAAUAUACAUAUAUAUAGAUAUAUAUACGCAUAUACGUAAGUGUCUAUUACUAAUCAAAGAACAAUGUCGGCUGUAAAGCGAGUUUCUAACGCAGAGGAAGUUAAUGAAAACUCGCCCCUAAUCAGAAUCAAUAGCGAGGCUGCGUCUACCUCCUCCACAGCAGAGCACAACCGCAACAAUAACAAGGACCACAACACCAUAUCCAAGGAAAGUGCAUCCAGAGGCCGACGACAACAUCGAGACUCUAUAGAUUCGCAAAAGUCGGCUUCCUCGCUCACAUCUAACUCAUCCCAGUCUUCAUUGACCUACCGAGACCUCUCACCUGGGGCGAACGCGAUAAGGUACUCGGCACUAUCCACCAAUGAUUUGGUCACCUCUCCUAGUGCGUCUAGACGGACAAGUAAUAUAAGUAGUACGAGUGUGGCGUCGUCGAGCUCCGGUACAAGACAGCCAUUCGAGCCAGUUACUAGCAGUCCGAACUUGUCGCCGGACGCACAGCACACGCAGGUACUUAUCCAAUCUGCGUUCUUCUGUAUGUAUACAUUAUGA